AUGGCCCGUUACUUGACACCCUGGAGAAUCUCUCUGCUGUGUCUGAUCACUGUUUACACUGAUGGCGUCGUCCCCAACUCGUCUGCCGUUCAUGUGUUGUCCUUCCUGACCGCGGGUCUCUUCCCUUUAGAUCCCGCCGAUAAGCAAUGGGAGAGUCAUUACCUGCCCAGCAUUGACGAAUUGGAAGAGGUGCUUUCACAUCAUGAGUCCUCAAUUCCCGGCCGCACGUUAUGGGAUUUAUUUCUCAGGAAGUUAUGGUCCCUCGACUCACUCGAUGCUCUGGAGGAGUUCAUGAGCGAUGUCCUGCCAUCCCUCUUGUCCAAGACGCGUGAGCAAUUGAUCCAGGAGCGUGAUAGUGGUCUAGCUCCGGAAGAAGAGGGAAUGCGCUUGUCCAGGAGCUCGCCGCUGGGUGCAUUUGUGCGCAGAGCCUGUCUCGAAUACACGCGGUUGCAGUUCCAUGACUCGGUGACGCUGUGGACUGGAUUUGUCAAGUACCGUCUGCCAACAUAUCAUAUGUGGGCGCGGAGGAAUCCAUCAGAUGAGCAGUCGCCGGUUGAUAUUAAUCUGACCAUGAAUGGCUUGGAUACUAGCAGCUACCUUUCGCAGGUGGUCUAUGGUGAUUUCGAGCAAGAAGUACAGGACGAUGGAAUGGUUAGUGUCAAAGAUGCUGAGCGACUGGUUGAGUUCCAGGUUGGCGAACUACAAAGAUUGGGAGGCAGAGUUCCAGACGAGAUGAGGACUCAACUGAAGCAUAUCAUGACCUCCGAGUCAUCAGUUCCAAUCUUGAUGUAUUAUCUCGAGUAUCUCGAUGCCUGGAAAGCUGGAGACUACACAUCGGCUUUCGACAAUCUUCAUCGCUAUUUUGACUACACCAUGCACAGUAACCUUGACCGAAGUGCUUAUCAAUUUGCUCUGCUUAAUCUCGCUAUCAUCCAAGCUGAUUUCGAGUGCUUUUCCGAGGCCAUAUCCGCCGUGCAGGAGGCCGUCGCCAUUGCGCGUGAGUCUCACGACAUGAACUGUCUCAACUUUUGUAUGAGCUGGCUUUAUCAUUUUGGAAAAGCUUUCCCGGAACAAAUGCGAGAAGUGCAGAAUAGUGGGAUGCUAGGCAAUGAAAAGGAAGGCCUUGCAUUUCUCAAAGCUAAGUCAAAAGAAACCGAUAUGUGGUCCCUUUUGAGUACCACACUAGUGAGCGAGGCAAAAUUAGAGAUGCAACAGGGUGAAAGUCUUGCCUCGAUCGUUGAAACAUUCGUACGAGCUUCUCAUGUCAAUUUGACCAAAGGGCUGUCCACAUCGACGGGGUCGCACAUGCAGCUACAAAGCAUCAUGUAUGCCCGAAUAGGGGCUACUCACCUAUCUUGGCUAGAUACUGAAGUAUUCCGCGAAUGUUAUUCUGAGGGUUCACCCUAUGAUGACUUCGUCAAGCUCACGUUCCGAAAUUGCCAAAUCCUCGCACAAAAAGGAAACUACAAGGAGGCAUUCGCGCGAAUGAACAAGGUCGAAGCAGACAGACUCCGUGCCUUUAAAUACAACAACUCCUGGACCUACUAUUCAGGCCUCCUCCAACUACAACGACAAAUUUGCCGCGACGACAAAGUAGCGGUAGAGCACAUCCUCGCCCAGCUCCAAGCCGUCCAACUCCUAGAAUUCGAAAUGCGCCUCCUACUCGCCUUCCACACAAUCGAAUUCACAAUUCGACAAGGCGACUACGGCCGCGCCCUCCGAAUGGUCGAACAAGCCGCCCACUCAAUGCAACCCGAAAACUUCGACGUCCACUCCCAAAUCAAACUCCUCUGCCUAAAAGCGCGCAUCCUCGAGAAAUCCGGCCACCCACAACGAGGUUUCUCCCUCGCCAUGCGCGCCGCCAGUAUCGCCCACCGCUCGAAAAUCCUCUUCGACCUCUGGGAAUCUAUCUGCACCCUCGCCGCCGUGCUCCUCAGUCUGCGUGAAUUUGAAGCCGCGGUCGAACUCGUUGAGAGCAUUAUGCCUCAGAUUCUGGAAUCGGAGGACUUUGCGCUCAUUGCGCGCGCUUAUUCGCUUCUUGUUGAUGCGAAUAUGGGUAUUGCGGGUGAGUUGUGGUCGACGAUGGGGAGGGAGAGUACGCCGGUUCGAAAGGAGUAUGUUAAUCGGGCGAUUGGGUAUAUUGAUUCUGCGUAUGAUUCUUAUGAGGAGAUUGAGGAUUUGCUGGGUCAGACGGAGAUGAUGGCUAAAAAGGCGACGGUCAUGCAUCUGACGGGUGAUCCGGUCUUGGCUAAUGAUUACGCGGCGAAGUAUUUGGAUUUGCGCAGACGGAGGGGCGCUGAGGUUUAA